AGCUGUGAAACUUGUUCCGUGUAAAGUUGAGUAAAUUGCUGUAUGGCUGCAGAUCUCAAGGGAAGUGAUUCCCUUUCAAAUCACGCCUUCUGCUUUGUUUUCGGUGCGUAAAACACUGCUUACACGGCUUCUGGACUAUCGUCAAAACGUUAUUUACAACUAUCACAUGAUGCUGCAUUAUAUGACAAGUUGUAACUUCAGGCUAUAUUUCACACUAUCUUCCGGAUAGUGUGAAAACGCGGAGGCUCUAAUUGAAAGGAUUUCUUCAUAAGUGUUUGAUGUAUAAUAGACGUGGAAAUCAGUAAGAUGUGGAGGAGGUCAUCCGCACACAUGUUGCAACUAAGCGCAACAUUCGAUUUGCAGCAGGAUGUUGUGUCCAGUAUAUUUAAGAAAGAAGCGACUGUAGGAAGAGUCAAAGAAUACUCAGGGAUCGUUGACACUCGGAUCCUCAACAUUGAAAGGGAUGGAGGAGUCCUCUACUCCUGGGAAGGGGCAACAGGGACCACCAGGAUCGGGAAAUACGACCCCAAUACCAGACAGAAUAAGCUCCUCUACACAUUUGACAAGCAGGUGUGUGUCAGCAGCUGUUCUCUGAAUAAGGAGGAGACUCUGCUGGCGGUCAGUUUGGCACAGAGGACAAGAACAGAGGAGCGCCUCAGACCAGUUUCAAAAUGUCUGACCCUCCUCAUUGAGAUCCAUCCCAUUAACAACACUAAGGUCCUGAAGGCUGUCGACUGCCGGGUCAGAGUUCAGUUCAUCCAUCCAGACACAGAGAGGGACUCAGUGCUGGAGAGUCACCUGCUGCUGGUAGCAGAUGAUGGCUAUGUGGAGCAGCUCCAUGUGAUGCUGGUCAGACAAGAGGGUUACAGAGUGGUGAUGUUGAACCCAGAGUGCCUGGCCAAAGACAGGGUGGCAGAGGAGUUCAGCUGGGUCCAGUGGGACAGCCAGACACAGAGACUCUUCUACCUCACACACAGGGAAAAAGCUGUGCUGAAAUGUGUGCAGUUCUGCCAUGACCACAACUGUGAGACCUUGUUUGAGCUUGAACUGGAGUUGCCCUCUAACCCUUUCACCUCUAUGAGGUUUGUUAACCUGGGCUUUGACCAUCACCAAGAGACACAGCAUGAACGGGAGGAGAUGAGGAUGGUGGUGAUCACCAAUAAAACAGGGAGUAUGUGUGUGUGUUACAGCCAGCCUGCUUGUGCCGACCAGGAGAUCACAUACACCAUAGUCCUGGUGCACAGAGGCUGCAGUAAAACGUUCUCAGUGGCUCUGGAUGGCUCCCCUAGUCCAUGUAGUACAGAUCUCCUCCCUCUCUUCAUCCCUAUAGGUUACUACGUGGUAGUCUACCUUUCUGGUCACUUCCUGCACUGCAUCAACACCAGACAACAGGAGCUGCUCUGCCACAGUCUCUUCCUCUCAGGUGUUGAUGCAGAGCUGGGUGUGUUGGGAUCAGACAGUGUGGUGUUGUCUCUACCUGAGUCCUCUCUGCUGGACCUGAACACAGGCAGGAUGUUCACUGUAGACCUCAACCCCUCCUUCCUAAUGGACCUACUGCACUGCAGUAGACCUGACGCUCAACGCCUGGCUGCCCUGCACUGUCUGCUGCUCUACAUGGGACCCAACGCUGCACUACAACUGAAGAUCAUAGAUUGGAUCUGUGACAAUGUCAUGCCGUUCGACACCUUCGAUCAAAUUCAGGAAUUUAUUCUAGCGUCACUGUACAGGCUCGUCUAUAAGAAGUGUCUCAGUCUGGAUGAAGUCCUACCCUACUCCUCUGUGUUUGAGAAGAAGAAGGUACCGGAGGGUCUCGACCAGGUCCCUGGUGUCUCCUGCACCACAGAGCUCCAUGCUGAACCAGUGUUCAAAGGAAAGGCCAGGAGUCUCCAGGGCUUUUGGGAAGAGCUGCAGUGGAGCACAGAAAAGAUGAAGUACUUUGAGGCGGUUCCAAACCCACGAUACAGAACAUCUCAGAACCUGCCAGACUGGACCAAGCUGCUCACUACCCUGAAGUCAGAGAACAAGAAGGCUUCUAACUAUCUGCGUCACAUUGAGGAGAACACUAAACAAGUUCUGUCGAUGGUGGACAGCUGGAAUCUUGAUCAGAAAGUGGUUCCGUUGUUCCAGGAGGAGGAUAGCCAGCAGAGGGCGCUCAUAGGCCUGAUGGUGGACAAGCUGAGAGAGCACCUCAACAGACACCUGCCUCGUCUGGGGAAGAAGAAGAUCGACGUGCUGGUGGUGAACUACGUGGCCAAGCUGCUGGAGCUGAUCAGACGCAUGCUGGAGUCUGUGUGGCUGAAGUACAAACUGGGCCCUCUGGUGCUGUGCUUAAAGCAGCAGGGGAGUUCAGCGGAGUGGGCAGUGUUUCACGUGAUGUGUCGGAUACUGGAGGCUACAAAGACUCUGUGUCUCCCCCUCCCUCCUGGGUAUCACACUCUACUGUCCGUGUUGGGGGUUCGCUGUCUCCCCAGACACACCUUCCUGCAGUACGUUGACCAUGGUGUGCUGCAGCUCACUGAGACCUUCGUCUCACGACUCAUGACAGAUCUAGACAACAGUGAUGCCAACGAGGAGCUGAAGUUCAGCAUUCUGAAGAGACUACCGGAGCGCAUGGAGCAGAGGAUCUGUCACCUGUGGGAUCACCCCAUCAGUUCAGCCUGUAUCUCCAGAGACUAUGUCAGAGGCCUGCUGGAGAAACACGCCAAAACCAAAGGUUCUAUGUUCAUGGAGAGAGACGAGCCUGGCUUCAGGCCUGAGUUCCUGCCUCUCACCUUCCUGACCAAAAUUCUGUUAGAUGUGGAAGAUCGAGCUCUGAACCCUUUUGAGGAGCAGGAGAAUGUGGAUGCCAGGUUUGUGGAGGAGACGGCUCUGAAACAGACUCUGAUCCUGCUGGGCUUCCAGGACAAGUGAGGGAGGGAGAGACCGAGAGGUGGAGGGAGGUGAAGAAAGAGGGGGAGCAGGUCAAGGCUCCCAAGUUUUCACUCAACACUCCAUAUUCCACUAGUACUCAGAGAGCGGGGACUGUGUCAGAGAGAGCGGGGACUGUGUCAGAGAGAGCGGGGACUGUGUCAGAGAGAGCGGGGACUGUGUCAGAGAGAGCGGGGACUGUGUCAGAGAGAGCGGGGACUGUGUCAGAGAGAGCGGGGACUGUGUCAGAGAGAGCGGGGACUGUGUCAGAGAGAGCGGGGACUGUGUCAGAGAGAGCGGGGACUGUGUCAGAGAGAGCGGGGACUGUGUCAGAGAGAGCGGGGACUGUGUCAGAGAGAGCGGGGACUGUGUCAGAGAGAGCGGGGACUGUGUCAGAGAGAGCGGGGACUGUGUCAGAGAGAGCGGGGACUGUGUCAGAGAGAGCGGGGACUGUGUCAGAGAGAGCGGGGACUGUGUCAGAGAGAGCGGGGACUGUGUCAGAGAGAGCGGGGACUGUGUCAGAGAGAGCGGGGACUGUGUCAGAGAGAGCGGGGACCGUGUCAGAGAGAGCGGGGACCGUGUCAGAGAGAGCGGGGACCGUGUCAGAGAGAGCGGGGACCGUGUCAGAGAGAGCGGGGACCGUGUCAGAGAGAGCGGGGACCGUGUCAGAGAGAGCGGGGACCGUGUCAGAGAGAGCGGGGACCGUGUCAGAGAGAGCGGGGACCGUGUCAGAGAGAGCGGGGACCGUGUCAGAGAGAGCGGGGACUGUUUGAAAUUACACUUUAAAUGUUGAUUACUCAACGUUCCAAUACAUGAGAAUCUAUGAAGAGACAUUAGAUUCUGAUGAACAAUGGGUCUGGUGACAAUAGUCAUCAGUUAACCAGAUUUAUAUUUCUGCCCUCUCUGCCUGUUGCUCAACCCUCCCACACAGACCAGAUGGAUGAGGCUCUUACAGUAAGAAGGGAAGUUCUCUGGAAGGUGUCUGAAUUACCACAACACGUGUCCUGUAUGAUGUCUGUACAUUUCCAUUUCAGAGGAACUGAUGCAUGGUUAGAUUUCAGGAAUAACACAGUGAUUUGGAGUGGAAUCCAGGAAAUGCGUUGGAUCAGGUACAAUAAUAAACUGGAAAAGGGA